AUGCAUCUUAUUGUUUUCCUUCACAUAUGUGUUCACCUCUCUUCCCUCCCUUCCCUCUUCUCCUUUAUCUCCUUUUUACCGUUCUCUCUCGAUUCUCCCUCCCUUCUUCUCUCUCUUCUUCAUUUCCCCUUCUUUAUCCUCUCACUACCGUCGUUUUGCUGGUGCAAGUCGCGCUGGUGUGUUUUUGCCGGUGCCAGGCGCGCACCACGCUCAGCGUCAUGCGCAUUAUCCGCGUCGGCAGCAGCAAAGAAGGGCACGAGCAUGUCGGCAGAACUUGGAGUCUUGCUGCUCAGGAAGGGGAUUUGA